GAAUACGGGUGAGUUCAUGAUGUCAAGGUAUAGAGAAGUUGCUGAAAUUGUUCUCAGGUACCUAGAACACCGUGAUCGGCUUGUUCGCCUAAGCAUAACUUCAUUGCUGCCUCGUAUUGCUCAUUUUCUGCGUGAUCGAUUUGUGACAAACUAUUUAACGAUAUGCAUGAAUCAUAUUCUCACUGUUCUGCGAAUACCAGCUGAGCGUGCCAGUGGGUUCAUUGCCCUUGGGGAGAUGGCUGGUGCUUUGGAUGGAGAACUUGUCCAUUAUUUGCCGACAAUUAUGUCUCACUUACGUGAUGCGAUUGCUCCGCGUAGAGGUAGACCUUCACUUGAGGCUCUGGCUUGUGUUGGUAACAUUGCAAAAGCAAUGGGGCCUGCAAUGGAACCUCAUGUUCGGGGGCUUCUGGAUGUUAUGUUUUCUGCUGGCCUUUCUCCUGUACUUGUAGAGGCCCUGGAGCAAAUAACAAUUAGUAUUCCGUCUUUGCUGCCAACCAUACAAGAUCGCCUACUUGAUUGCAUUUCCUUAGUUCUUUCAAAAUCUCAUUAUUCUCAAGUGAAGCCCGCUGUCCCUUCUGUUCGGGGAAGUACAAUUAAUAUUGGAACCCAAAUAUCAGACCUUAAUGGUUCAGCUCUUGUGCAACUUGCUUUGCAGACUCUUGCUCGUUUCAAUUUCAGGGGCCACGAGCUUCUGGAGUUUGCAAGAGAAUCAAUUGUUGUAUAUUUGGAAGAUGAANNNNUCAAUUCUUUUUCUGGUCUAGCACCUACACAGUAUGGUUCUAGUAGGUCAAGCCGGACUGGGGGAAAGCGAAGGCGUCUAGUUGAGGAGCUUGUGGAAAAGCUUCUCAUUGCGGCUGUUGCAGAUGCUGAUGUUACUGUCCGUCAUUCUAUCUUUUCCUCAUUGCACGGGAAUAGAGGAUUUGAUGAUUUUCUAGCUCAGGCUGAUAGUUUGAGUGCUAUUUUUGCUGCUCUAAAUGAUGAGGAUUUAGAUGUCCGAGAAUAUGCUAUCUCAGUUGCUGGGAGACUGUCAGAAAAAAAUCCUGCCUAUGUGCUUCCAGCACUUCGUCGCCAUCUCAUACAGUUGCUAACAUAUCUGGAGCAGAGUGCAGAUAACAAAUGUAAAGAAGAGAGUGCAAAGUUACUUGGUUGUUUGAUUCGUAAUUGUGAACGAUUAAUACUCCCAUACGUUGCACCAAUACAUAAGGCACUCGUGGCUAGACUUCGUGAGGGUACUGGAGUUAAUGCCAACAAUGGCAUCAUCACUGGAGUUCUUGUAACCGUUGGAGACCUUGCCAGAGUGGGAGGGUUUGCAAUGAGGCAGUACAUUUCCGAACUCAUGCCUUUAAUAGUUGAAGCUUUGUUGGAUGGAGCAGCUGUUACGAAACGUGAAGUUGCCGUUGCACACUUGGUCAAGUAAUUUCAGAGCACUGGGGUAUGUGAUGGAUUUCUCAUGUAUGUGAUAACUCCGUAUAAUGAAUAUCCGCUGCUGCUUGGUUUACUCUUGAAAUUGUUGAAUGGUGAGUUGGUGUGGUCCACUAGACGCGAAGUGUUAAAGGUCCUUGGGAUUAUGGGUGCUCUGGAUCCCCAUUUGCAUAAGCGAAAUCAACAAAGUUUGUCAGGGUCACAUGGUGAAGUUACACGUGCCGCAAGUGAUUCUGGUCAACAUAUUCCAUCAAUGGAUGAGUUACCGAUGGACCUUUGGCCUUCAUUUGCUACAUCUGAGGAUUAUUAUUCCACGGUUGCUAUUAAUUCUCUCAUGAGAAUUCUUAGGGAUCCAUCACUAGCUAGUUACCACCAAAAAGUCGUUGGAUCUCUUAUGUUCAUAUUCAAGUCAAUGGGACUUGGUUGCGUUCCGUACUUACCCAAGGUUUUGCCUGACCUCUUUCAAACUGUUCGCACUUGUGAUGAUUAUCUAAAAGAUUUUAUAACAUGGAAGCUUGGAACUUUGGUCUCUAUCGUGCGUCAGGUAAUACAUACGUUUAGGUUCUUUUAGCCCCAUACCUGUUUU